CCUCUCAGUAAAACCUUCAUUUCGAGCUCUUGUCACUUUCCACAAAACCCUAGAACCCUCGAAAAUGUCGUUGAGCACCGUGUUUCGUCGCGCCUCGUCGACAGUGGCUACUCUUGCCGUCCGCGCGGCUAGAUCUCCGGUUAGCUUCCGCAGCGGCGCUGUCUCAGCCCAGAGGCUGAUUCUUGGUAGCCAGGUCGGGCGUGAAUGGGUUAGUUCAUUCUCAUUCUCGAGAUUUUCCACUGAAAGUGCGAUCACUAAAACCACCGCCGACGAGAAUCUCAUCAGCGUCAUCGAAUCUGAAAUUGAAUGCGCCAUCGCUGAGGAGGCGCCUCUUGAUAAUGACAUCUUGGAGGAUAAGCCAGAAGAUUUCCCAUUUGAAAUCAUUGAUACACCAGGGGAAAGAACUGUGUUGCUGAAAAGGAAAUUUGAGGAUGAAACCAUCCAAGUGGAAGUUGACUCUGCUGCAUCUUACGAUGAUGAAGAGACAGAACAGGAAACAGUAGCAGACGAUGGAGAUCAAGAAAACGUGGCUAAAUUCCGGAUUCCCAUGGUUGUGAGUGUGGAGAAACCUGGUGGUGUCUGUCUUGAAUUUGGAGUCAGCGCAUACCCUGAUGAGAUUGUGAUUGAUAGUUUAUCGAUCAAACAACCGCAAGGAUCUGAUAACGAGCUUGCUUACGAAGGACCUGACUUUGAUGACUUGGAUGAGAAUUUGCAGAAGGCUUUCCACAGGUACUUAGAGAUCAGAGGGAUCAAACCAAGCUUCACUACCUUUUUGUCUGAUUACGUAGCCAACAAAGACAGCAGAGAGUAUCUGCAAUGGCUCAAGGAUAUCAAGUCAUUUGUCGAGAAGUGAAACUGAACUUUUUGUUCAGAGAAUAAAUGCGAGAAUUUCAUCUUAGAGAUGAACUUGAUAUCACCAUGAUUGAUCAAUCUUAUGAGUUGUGCUUGCUUGUUGACAAUAUUGCUACAUGGUUUUCUUUUCUUUUUGGUUUUUUUAAGUACUUACUUUGCUGCUAGCUUUAAGAUAAAACCAACUCUUUCGAGUUUCAGUUGGCAAAAAAGGAUUAUACGACCCCGAUAAGUAUAAACAUUUGCAUUUU